UGUCCGGCGGUCGCGUUGCAGGCUUAAUGCUACAAUAGCACACUAGAAAAAAAAGAAAACGAAAAAAAAAAGGUUUUCGCAAGCUGUAGCUAAUAUUUGUAUGUAGUCUGCAGUCUCUAUGGCCGACUUUGAGAUGCCAGUCAAAACACGCGGAGUUGGAGUGUUCCUCGAAUUAAGGACAAGGCUUCAAAGUGGACUUCUAAUUAUCCGGAAAGAUGUUGCUGGAAACCCCGCUGGCGUGGUUGUGACCGGUGGCGAUUCCUCUCUUCACAUCCGGACGCCUACAAAUGAGGUGACCUUAAUUUUGCCACCAGGAGUCUCCUAUGUGGAGGAAUCCAAUGUACCGACGACUGGAGGAGAAUCCUGUGAACAAGAGCGCCAUUUCAGGCUGCAAAUAAGUGUUUCACAUAGCCAGACUGAAGGGUCCUCAGACAUUGUAAGAACACUGCGGGCUCAGGAGACUUAUUGCUUCUACUGUCAGAGCUGUACGACAAGGCUGCUCGAGGAUAGAUUGUUCAAGCGAGUGCUUCCUCUCCCAAAUGGCAACUGGAACGCCAUUGUGGACGAUUGGUGCUGCCAUUCAGAUCCUUUCGCCAAGAAGAUGCUGCCCCGAGCUGAGGAUUGUUUACUGGGCGACACCUUCUUUCUCCUCACCAGGGAUGGCAGCUGUGAAAGGACUCUUCUCCAGGAAGUGAGCCCCGCUGACUCACAGGAUAAUCAAGAUCCAAAGAAACCUUGCAGCAGAAUGGUACUUGUGUCCUGCAUGAGCUGUUCCUCAGUUCUGGGAGAGGCUUUGACACAGGAGACCCUGAGGCUGUACAUCACACAAGUGUUGGUGGAGUCCAGUGUGGGGGACAGACAGCCAGAAUCUUCAUUCAGCAGAUCCCUCUUCUUGGAGAGGACUAUAGCAGCAAGGCUUGCAGAGGUUUCCAAUUCUAUGAGCUCAUUCCACUUUUCUGUCCAAACACCAAGUGGGAAACCUUUCUUACUGCUCUGGCUGCUGAACACCGAUUCCAUCGUGGCAUCAGUCCCAGAAUGGUCUGCUAGCAGCCCCACUCAUCAUAGUCCAUCACUGAGCGCUGAAAGAGCCCUUAAACUCCUCUUCAUAGCAUGUUCUCAUAUGGGGCUCCAGCAGCAAGACAUCGCCACCAGCUGGGAGGUCAAUGCCACAGGACACCCUAUGGUGCUCCCACUGAAGGUUUGUGAGGAGCUGCUGCAAGUGAUAGAAGACAGCAAUGCUGCACUACCUGGAUCAAUGCGUCACAUGAGAGCCUAUAAGGUGAGACACAACCAUAAGUGCCAGAAGAUUACAAUUACAAACUGUUGAUCCUUUGCAUCACUACAGUAUAUUCUUUAUCUAUCCAAAAUGAUAUCACUGAGCCUGGGUAAUAUCAGCAGAUAUGAUAGAAAGCAUCUUCACCCCUUGUAUAUCAGCAUAAUACAGCGAUAACUAUUUUAGCUGAUACAAGUACUUUUUUUUCCCCUCCCACUUACACUAUACUUGUGACCUUUUCCCCAUUAUUAAGUGGAACUUAGAAGUGUUUUUAUCCAAUUUUAUAACAGAUUUUUCAAUUGAGUGGUUUUGCUUUGAGUGGUUUUUUUAUGGGUUAAGUUAUCUUUCAUGUGUAACUGAAAAUAUCUAUACUUAGCCUGGGUUUUGUCCAGAAAAUACUGCAAGUGGUUUUAACUUAGCUGACAACUACUCUCAUCUCUUUUGAACACAAUGACGGUGGCAAUUAGUACCGUAUUUUCACGACCGUAAGGCGCACUUGAAAGUCUUAAAUUUUCUUGAAAAUGGACGGGGCACCUUAUAAUGCGGCGAGGCUUAUGUGUGCACUGAGUUCCAAAAUCUGUAAAUGUUGUUGUGUGAUUUCGAUGAGUGCUCCGCUUGACGGACUGGGAGCAUUUCCUGCCGACACGCUGCUUAUAUAGAGGAAAGGCGGACGUGACUGAGGACAGCAUGCGGACGUAAAGGGGGAGGGGUACGUGUGACAGAGGACACUAAAGGCACGCCCCCAGUAGGUAUAUAGCGCCAGUAUGUGCAUUGUGCAAAACAACAUCGGUUUGGCUAAGGAUGCCCGAAAAUGGCACCUACGAAGAGACACGCUUAGGAAGCACAGUUUAAACUGCAAACUAUCAGUUACGCAGAGGAACAUGGGAAUCUAGCAGCCGCGACUAAAUUCAAGAUCAACGAUUCCAUGGUUCGCAAGUGGAUGAAGCAGGAAAAAGACGAAGCUGAGUUUCCUCGGAAACAAGGCGAGGUGGCCCGAGUUGGAAGACCAACUCGAGCAAUGGAUUAAUGAUCAAAGAACAGCUGGGAGAAGCGUCUCUACAGUCACCAUUCGACUGAGUCCAAUAACUCGGAGCUUGCCGUCAUUCCGGGAGGCUUGACGAAGGAACUCCAACGGCUGUUGGAUGACAGAUGGUGAACACAGCUUUGUUAAGACUAGGAGGCAGCGCCGGGCGAUUUACGCCAUAAUUUGUGGAUGCUUGGGCUAACGUGUCUGCUUGCACUGUUGUUCGAGCUUUCGUAAAAGCCGGCAUCAUUUCUGAGGAGCCGCACAGCAACGAGACUGAUUCCGACAAUGACGAGAGGGAUCCUGGCGUGUUUGAUGGAGAACUUGCCCAGCUGUUCAUUUCGGAUACAGAACAUGAGGACUUUGAUGGAUUUAUGGAUGAGGAUUGAUCAUAAAAUAACGUGAGUACAUUGUUAAAUACUUAAAUAAAGUACAACUGAACUCAGUUUUUCUCCGGCUGCCUUUUUAAAAACAUUGUUUUAGCGUGCAUGCAUGCUACCGUAUGUUUUAAGAUAGCGUAUGUUUUACCAUGCCUGCGCCCAAUAAUGCGGUGCGCCUUAUGUAUGUUAAAUGCAGAAAUAGACCCCGUAACUGGGACUGCGCCUUUUAAUACGGUGCACCUUAUGGUCGUGAAAAUACGGUAGUUUUUCUCCAGUUCUUGCUCAGAAAAUUUAAGCAGUCCCAUUACUUUGCUCGCUGCAAAAAAUAUGACAGCAUAUUUAUUAUUAUGAAGGAACUGUCAUGGUCUGUGUUUUGGUUUGGGUUGUGGUUAGUUUUGUUUCAUGUUUUCCUGUGUUCCAUGUUGUUCAUGUCGUGUGCUCAUUUUAGUUAUUCUGGCCACCUGUUCUCGUCAUCCUUCUACCUUGUGUCGACCAAUCAGCUCCAUCCAGCCACUCGUGUCUUGCCCAAGUGUUCCUCGUUGUCUCGUCAAUCCUUUUUGUAUUUAGUUCCCUGGUUUCUUUCAGUUCUUGUCGGGUCAUUGUAGUAUGUCAUGUCAAGUGUUUCUUUGUUACUUUGGUUAUCUGUUGUGGGACUUGGUUUAGUUUUCUUUUUCCAUGUUCCUUGUUUGCCUUUUUUGGGGGGGAUAUAAUUUUUUGAGACUCCUGCACUCCUGCCUUGCCUCCCUGCUUCCCUGCACUUGGGUCCUCCACGUUUUUGCCUUGCCUUCCUCUCCUUCAAAAACCAUAACUGUGACAAACUGUACCUCCACAAUAAAUGGUCAUGUUUCUUUCUAAAAGCACAAGUCAUGAAGAUAGCAAUGUAAUGUUAAGGCAGCUACGCCUUUUUUUCCCCUUGCGUACUGAUAGGAUGUCAUUAAUGCUUCCUAGCAGCAUUGAUCAUGUCUGCGGUUGCAUGAUGACUGAGGUGGGUGAGACUGGUGAAAUUGAGAAGGCUACAAACACAAGCCAGCCAUGAGACAAAGUAUCUGUCUGGUUGCUGGAAAUGGUUACAGUGGUAGUGAGUGUGAUGAAAUGAUACACUCGAACACUUCCUGAUUGUGGAGGCCUGUUGGGAAGUCGUCGGCAGAGGACAGGAAGGUAAUGUGAUCACACAGCCAUCUAGAGUUACUAGAAUUGGUUUAAGAGUAUCUGAGAUCUUGUUUGAAAUGGUGAGGAAAACACAGUGGUGCCCACUGUGUCACAAAGACCAGCAUGCAGCCAGAUGGCUUUUUGAAACCAUAGACAAUGUUAUACUGCAUAGAGAGAAUAUGAUACAACAAAUGCAGACAGGAGACUGAGUUAUACCAGUAGUUGAAUACAGUAUUUGCGUUUGGUCCACAAAUGAAGACGUGAUGCAAGAAUUGUACAGUCAACAUGUUACCAACUGCUAUAAGCGACUGAUAUUUAAUAUUCCUAUUAAAAGUCUGUUUUUGAUAAGACUGCCAGGGCUAAAGUUACAGUAUGACUCCAGAUGCACAUAUGAGUAAAUCUUGCAUUGCCGUUGGAACAUUUGCAACACUGGCCGACAGCCAAGGUCACCAAUGCUGCUGGCAAGCCCUUGUGACUGAUGGGUCUGUUCCAUUUAGGUGGCCCACAGGGCUGUUGCUCUGUCAUAUAAGGGUCAUAUUAGCACACGUUUAACUUGGAAAUCACAGUUACCGACAUUGUGUCUAAAAGACAUUGUGAAAACUACCUGUAUUGGACGGAGGUGAAAAAUUACAUAAAAAUACUAGUGUUACUGUAAUGGAGUAGGUUUUGUGUAUAUUUGUACUUUUUAUAUUAUUUUUUUGAAAUCUCUACUUGUAGUUUUUUCUUAUACUUUGCUACAUUUUAAGCCAAUAAUGGGCAGGGAAGACAUUUGCCAGGAAAUUGUUAAUUAGGUAACCAAUAUUACUGAGCAGGCGGCACGGUGGUCGACUGGUUAGCAUAUCUGCCUCACAGUUCUGAGGACCUGGGUUAAAAUCCGGUUUCCCCUGUGUGGAGUUUGCGUGCCUGGGUGGCUUUUCUAUGGGUACUCCGGUUUCCGCCAACAUCGCAAAAACAUGCAUGGUAGGUUAAUUGAAGACUUUAAAUUGCCUGUAGGUGUGAAUGCGAGUGCGAAUGGUUGUUUGUUUAUUAGAGUUUACAUCGAUUUUGUCGGCAUGAUCGGUAUAGGCCAAUAAUUAGUAUUUUAUGCUGAUCGGCUUUAAUGUCAUAAUUUGCCGGUCAUUGAUCGUCUCUGCAAAAGACAUUUAUUCCGCGUCGCCAUCGUGCACAGUAUAUUUUAAUCCAAAAGCUAGUUUAUUUUUAGCCUUAUCGCGUUUCUUUUGACAUAGUACUGUAAAUAUCUGAUGGCUAAUAAAGUUAUUUAUAAAAAAAUACAUUUAAAAAAACAUGGCGGUGUGGAACAGACAACACGUCUGAGACAGACAACACGUAAUGGUCGGAUCAAAUUACAAAACAAAUUUGCUCUUUCACGAUUGCACUAUGUCAGACUACUGCAAUACAAUCUUGUAUUCCGAUACCACCACAUCCCGUUUUUUACGAUCAUUGGGCUUUAUAUUGUCAACUCAAAUGUGAACGGAUACACUCAUUACUGUGGCAACAACAACAAGAGUGGAUCGCGCCAACUGUAUGAUAAGGACAAAAUGGGGGAAUGGGUGUGUUGAUGGUCCCCGCUGCUCAGGAGAGGCCGUUCGUUUAAGGCUUGCUUGAGGUAUGUUCCCGUACUUUUAAUAUGAUACCCUCUCGCAAGCAAGCAACAAAACAUUACGUAGCCUAGCAAGCUAGUGCUAGCACUAACGGUUGUGCAUAAACAUGCAGGCAUUCUGUCGAAUCAUGCUCUAAAGUUUUGGUGUUUGUGAAGUAAUUUAAUUACAAUAAUGUACCAACGUUUGACUCACAAUGUUUGACCCAUUUUAGUUUCUGUGAGUAGAUAAAGUACAGCACCAUAACCAGCCUGGUAUACAUUUUAGAAUGUCUAUUGUUGUCUUUGCUCUGCACUCUCCAUUCCUGGACCCUCCAGUUUAAUGAGGUGUAAAGUACUUUGGCUUGGUGUCACUUUGCCUUUGGCUCAUUAAUCUCCUACUUCUCACACCCACAGCGAUGCCAUGUAGGUUAGUCAGAAAGUGUAUCAGAAACUGACAUAUUUCACAAUAAUUUUUUUAGCCGAUGAACACUGACAGUUUUGUGAUUUCGCUGUUAUAGACCACCACAAUAGAUUUGUAAUGAAACAAUCGAGCUGUGAUGAUAGUGUAUGGCUUUUAGCAUGUAGGAAUACAUCCAAAUAUGCACAAUACCUCAAUUUUCAGGGCAGCAAUACUACUGGUAUUUAUUGAGCAUGUGCGGUCCAUUUACUGGUUGCUUCAAGACAAAUGAAGCAAAUAAAAGUCUGGAUAUGAUAUCAGGUAUUGAAUUGGCAUUCGGCAGAUGUUUGUAGCUAUCAGUAUGAAAUCCAGAGAGAUCCAUUAUUUACCCAAAGAGCAAUAAGAAAAAUAGCAAAAGUUUUUUGAAAUUCUCAUGAGAACAGCCUCCACAGUAAUAGUACAGUAUCUCCAAAACAUAAGAACAAGCUGAACGAACAUUUAUCAGGGGCAAAUGGUUAAAGACUAUAAGCCCUGUCUUUAUUCAUGGUUCAUUAUGGAAUUGAUCAGCCAACACAAUCAGGCAAAUUCUAACUGUAGCUAUUUUUCUAAGUUCCUGAGACAGCACGCUUUUUUCUUUUUUUGUCAGAACCCAAGACCAGACCUGUAAAAACAUUUA